UUAGAUAGUUAUGCAGUCAUUAAAGUGAGAGUGCAAGUCUGAUGCACUCACCAUUGGUUUGGGAGUUAGUCAAUACCUGUACAAACUGAAAUUAAAAGCAUUAAAAUCGGAGACGAAUUGGUUAACUAGUUAACUAUGCACUAUUUUUAAUACAAUCAGAAUGUGAGGUUAGGAGGAGCAGAAACCAAAGAGUACAUCAUAUGUAUGGAGAACACAAGAAUUUCUUACAUAUUUUUAAUGAAACUCCUGUUCUCUUCUUACAACAUCGGAUAAAAAUUUUUCACAAAGAUUUGAUUGUUAAAUCAGAAAAUAACUUUUAAAAAUGGCAAUGUUCGCAAUCGAUCAGACCGACUGCUUUGCGCAUAUAAAUCAGGACUUUUUGAUCUGCACAACGGUGCACAAGGCACGUAAUAUUGGAAUCUUCAAUGCUGAGACGUAUGUACGCGUUUCUUUGGAAAAAUCCCAUAAAAGCACGAAAAAUUUUCCCAAUUCGGAAAAUCCCUACUUUAAUGAGUACUUCGUGUUUGAAAUGAAAUGCACUUUAAACGAACUGCUUCGCUUUACCAUUUUAUAUGAGUUAAAGAAACAUGCCACUUGUAAAAAAAGUCAGGUGCUUGGGGAAUUGCUCAUCGAUUUGCAAAGUGUUUGGAAUCAACCAAAUCGUUGUUUCUUUAAGAAAUGGGGUCGACUCGAAUGUCCCAUUGGGAGCGAUAAUAAAAAUGGUGAGCAAGGCAAAGGCUUUUUGCAAAUUGACUUAGCCAUUGUGUCACAGGCAACGAAUACAACGCCAUUAUUACACACAUAUGAAGGUGAUAUGGCAGGUAUGAACAAAUGGCAAGUCAAUCAGGACUAUGAUGAUAUUGAAAACAACCUGCUGCAGGGCGUAGACAAUAGCGUACAGUGCAAUAUCCGAUAUAGCAUUAUUUUCUAUAAAGCAUAUAUGAUGAAAAAAAGUGACUAUAUAAUUCAAUUUAGAUUCCACCCUUUUAAAGGCAAGACUUCUGUUUGCAAGGCGUCAUCCAAUCCUGAAUGGAACUAUGAGAUUAGUUUUGCUUGGGUAUAUCCAUCGUUGGCACAGACUUUUCUCAUCCAAAUAUUGGCACAUGAGCACUUGCAUUGGAAAUGUGUAGGAGAAUACGAAGUACACUUCGAUGAGAUUGGUUUCAGAGAUAAACCUUCAUUGGGCCCAACUUAUUUACACAUAUAUGAUCCACAUAAUUCAACGCAAUAUGUUGGUCGGCUUUUAAUUGAAAUACGUUCCGAGUGCUUUAAUGAUUUUAAACCAAAUCGUGAUCUGACCUCACGUACAGUGACUUCGCUGGACGAAAAACGCUGGUGGCAAGAUGAUGUUUUUGUCAUGGAAUUCUUAGCACUACAAGGAGAUUUUAUACACUGCAAUGUUAGUAAUUGUAAGCUUAAUCUUAAAUUAGCAGAAUUUACAUCGAAUCAGUUGGAAUGUUUUCUGAAGUCCUAUCAGGUUAAAACCAACACAUCCAAUAAUCUAAAGCACUUUAAUCAGGAAAAGCCCUUUAAGUCGAUUUAUCUGAAAGUUACAUUACCCGACAAUAGACACAAAUUUGACAGCGAUUUCUUCUUGCAUGAAAUUUUGGAGUUUAUGAAAACAGAAAUAGAAACUUUCAAAAUUUUUCAACUGAAAUAUGCUUAUCAGUUCCAAAUGCAGACGAAAUGCUUGAAGUCAAUUAUACACUCGAUACUAAUUAAGAUUAAGGAUGGUUUUGAAAUGAGGCGUCUAGAGUACAGUGGGUUUAAGGAUCCAACAAUUUGGGAUAAUAAUCGUUUGUUCUUUUUACAGGAAUAUAUAAAAAAAUUGGCGGAGAAUAUACAAACCAUGCGGAACCACUUAAAAUCUGCUAACUCAACACAAAUUGAAAAUAUAAUUGAAGAAGUCCUCAGGGAGUUAGUGGACUACACCAAAGAACUUAGUCAUCUACUGAUUACUACGCGUGUUCAAGAUGAAUGGCCCGACCUAUGUAUUACUAUUAAUGUGUCAGGCAAUAAACCGAUUGCUGCAUGUCGUUUAAAUGCAAAAUAUUUCUUGAAUCCGUCAAAAACCAUGCAGAAUAGUUUAAGCUGGAAUGUUCGAAAUUUUGUCUUUAAGGAUAUAAAUUGCCAACAUACUUGUAUCAAUUGUGGUUGUAUACUAGCUGUUAUUCAAGGAUGUUUAAUGGUUAUUGUCGAAAGUGAGAGAAGUGAUCACAUUAAUACAUUUUCACAAGAUUGGAAGCAGACUGAGCCAUUUUAUUGGAAUCCCACAAUCGCUUAUACAAUGUACAAGUGUCGAAUUUUUAUACAUCAAGCAAAAGUACGUCCAGGUGCUGACAGUACAGGCCUUUGUGAUCCGUACGUGCGUGUAGUAUUUGGUGGACAAAGUGCAGAUACCCCAACGGAACAUGCAACCCUUUCUCCAAUUUGGAAUGCAGUUAUUUGCUUCGAAAGCAUUAUUCUUUCUGGCAGUUUACAGUGGUACAUUCAAAAUCCACCUAUAGUUGGUAUUGAAUUAUUUGAUACCGAUAAACGUACAGCAGAUGAUUAUCUUGGUUGUGGCGUGUUACCUUUAACUGUGAUAAGCAGUGAUAGAGCAGAUGCCAACACACGGGAGGAACCGGAUAAUAUGAAUAGACUUGACUUCUCAAAGAUAGUAAGGACGAAAAAUGCACUCCAUAGGUUUAAGCAAUUAAAAGCAAUUUCACCUCCACCGCUUAAGUGGAUACCUAUUGCGUUAAAUGGUGGUGUGCGUGCGGAAGUAUUAUUAUCAGGUGAGCUGGUACAAUUGGAGGGUGAAAUUAAUCCCACUAUGGAAAUGGAACAUACUAUAACUUUUGGCAUUCCCAAUAGUAUUAAACCAAAUAUGCGUAACUUUGUGUUAGAAGUGGUAUUUGUCGGCUUUCGAAAUUAUACAAAGUCAAGUGGACGUCAUCGCAUAAAGGUUAUGAUGGGGGAUUUGGUACUUGUAAGUGGAUUAUCAGCAUCACGCAUUAAAAAUUGCAUAAACUUUUUGGUGUUGUAUGCUUCAGGAGUUGUGAGUUUACCAGAACAACUGGAAUAUUGGCCCGCAAUUAUUGCAACUGAUGUAUUGGUUUCAGGACGCGGUAAUGAGAGCACAAUAGGAGCCGUGCUUAUACCAAAUACAAAGCGAUUUUUACAAACAAAUAAAAAAAUGAAAUGCGUACCACAAGUUGAAACGGACAUGGAGUCUAAAGCGAACACUACUAUUCAUUUUGAAGAAGAUGAAGAAAGUCCUCUUCUGGCGAACAAACAUAAAAAAGGAUUCUUUGAGCGCUUCAAAGCAGGAGCUUUUAAUACUUUUAAAGCAGAUGGAAAUAAAAAAAUUAAAUAUGAUGCCAGCCGAGCUAUUCAGGAACAUGACUACAGUUGGUGGACUAAAUUCUACAAUUCAAUGCCGACAGAACAUCAAGCGGGUAGCAAAGCGUAUUCAGAACACAAACACAAGCUAACUAUUUACAGUAACGAGUUGGAGAAGCAAUCAGACUUAAGUUACCUAACAGAUUGGGCUGAGCCGGUGAAAAUGGUGCAUGGAGUGCGCUAUAAAAAAAAUGCAGCUCCCAAAGAAGAAACAUACGCCACCCUGAAAUUACAUCUGAAGAUAACUCCAUGUCAAUGUGAUGCUAAUGGUGGUUGUGGAGACGGCGCAAUGCUGCAGCCUUUAGCAGCAGCCAUGAAUCCCAGGUACCAAGCACAACUACAAGCCCUUGCCGAUAUGUGCAAAAUAAUAGUGCGAAUUUAUAUUGUGCAAGGCAUACAAUUUAGACCGCACGAUAAGAAUAGUCAAUCUGACUCGUAUGUGAAAAUAACUUUGGGAACUAAGAGUAUAUUUAAUAGAGCACAUUACGUGCCGAAUCAAAGUAAUCCAGUUUUCGGUAAAUGCUUUCAAAUGGAAGGUGUAUUACCUAGAGACCACAUGCUAGAAAUUAGUGUAUUUGAUCGAAAUCGUUUACGAGAUGACAUUAUUGGUACUACAUUAGUAGAUUUAGAAGAUCGUUGGCGUACUAAGCACCGAGCUACUGUCGGCUUACCAAGAGAGUACUCCCAACAUGGCUAUAAUAAAUGGCGAGAUGUUAUCUCACCAUUUGAAUUGCUUACACAAUUAUGUCAAUCACGUGACUUAGAUCCACCAAAAUUUGUCGGACGUACUCUUCAAGUAGAUUCAUUAACUUUUACAGAUGAAACACAAAUUGCUAAAGAUCAAGAUUUACAGGAACGAUUAAGUUUAAGUGCACUAAAAAAUUUAGAGUAUUGUCCACAUUUUGGUUAUAAAUUAAUGCCAGAGCAUGUGGAAACGCGUUCAUUAUAUCGUGGCGAUUGUCCAGGAAUAGAACAGGGUAAAUUACAAUUAUGGAUUGAACUUUACGAAGGUAAUGUAAAUAUACCGCCACCAAUUGAUAUAACACCACAGCCCCCACAAAUGUAUGAACUUCGUGUGGUUGUUCUUAAUUGUUCUGACAUACCAUUAAUAGAGAGAAAUAUAUUUGGAAAAAAUAUGAGCGAUAUUUAUAUCAAGGGGUGGUGCAGCAAUCCGGUCGAAACACAGAAAACCGAUGUCCAUUAUCGCUCAAUGAAUGGGGAAGGAAAUUUUAAUUGGCGCAUGCUGUUUCCAAUAAAAUACUCAGUAACUGAAGAUAUGAUGGUCGUAAAACGAAAAGGAGGUAUGCUUGAGGAGUACGAAACUAAGCAGCCGGUCAUAGUCUAUUUACAAGUUUGGGAUAAUGAUACCUUAUCCACUGAUGACUUCUUAGCUGCAAUCGAAAUUAAUUUAUCCAGUUUACCAGAACCUUAUGCAAAAGCUAAGGAUUGUCCUACAAAUGACGAAUAUUCAAAAUUUAAAAUACCAUUUAAUACUGGAGGUUCUACAUCUAGGAAACUUUUAAAUUUGUUUCGGGAGAAACAUAUUAAAGGUUGGUUGCCAUUGACUGCUCCGCCGAAAUAUGAAAUAAAACAAAAAAAGGAUGAACAGCAAAAUUUAGUUGGUGCUGGAAGAAUUGAAUUGGAACUUGAGAUAUAUAAUGAAGCUGAGGCUGGCUCAAAUCCUGCCGGCUUAGGAAGAAAUCCACCGAAUGCUUUACCUGCACCAGAUCGUCCAGAUACAUCCUUUAAUCCCUUAUUAAAUCCUUUGAAAUCAUUAACAAAAAUAAUUUGGCCAACUGUUAGAAAAUACGUUUAUAUUAUCGUGCUUGUUAGUUUAAUUGCAUUUGGUUGUGUUCUAUUUUUUGCACAACUUCCUUACAAAAUAUUUGGAUUAUAAUAUUUGCUUAUAUUUUUUAUACAUUAUUUUUAGAA